ACUUCCACGUCCACUUUCGAUUCAAGGCCGUUACCACAACGAAGACCACUCCUCCCCCACAUCUCCCCGCCUGUCAAUGGGAAGUUCCGGCGCUGCGCAGUCAGAUCUGCAAGAUCCGGAGCCGGCAGAGAGCAUUGCGGCGCAGGACUGCGGGUGCUUACCUUCACCUCUGUGAACGACGUGACCUCGGAGCACUUCACAUACUGUUCGCAGCCUUUAGACGUUCUGAAACUGUAGGCGCACAGGUCGAUCGCAUGCUGGGGACUUUCUGUAGGGCAAGGUAGCCUUGAUGGCACGCAAGGCACGGCAGAGGAUAAGCUAUGUCUUGCCGCUUGCGAAGUCCACUGGCGGUCACAGACUCGGUGUCAACGGCUUAGCUGUAGACAGCGACAACUCGAUAUUAUACUCGGGUGGCAGAGAUGGCGUGAUAUGCGCGUGGGACUUACACCUCGACCUGAAGCAUACGCCAGCUCCAGAGCACGAUGAGAAGCCAGUAGCGCCAACAGCGACUACUGUCCGGCAGCAGGUGCAAGCACAUACGCAUUGGAUUAACGAUAUAGCUUUGGCGCAGUCAAACCGAGCUCUCGUCUCAGCUUCGUCCGACAUUACGGUCAAAGUAUGGAGACCCGCAGCUACGGAUCGACUGCCUCCACAAUCAAUAGGCUUGCAUAGCGACUAUGUCAAGACACUGGCAGUCCCGUCGCCGUCGUCUGACUGGGUGGCAAGCGGAGGACUAGACCGCAAAAUCUGCCUUUGGGACCUAAGUGGCGCCGGUCAGAAGCUGUGCAUUGCUGUCGGCGAUGACGAAGCGGGCAGUCUAUCUAGCCGUGAGAAAGGCAGUGUAUACGCGCUCGCAGCGACAGAGAAUGUUCUUGCAAGUGGCGGUCCGGAAAGCACAGUCCGCGUCUGGGAUGCAAGAACCGGCAAGCGGAUAACGAAGCUGGUCGGUCACACGGACAACAUCCGUGACGUGCUGGUUAGUCAAGACGGCAGUACUAUCAUGACUGCAAGCAGUGACCGAACGGUCAAGGUGUGGAGUACCGUCGCUGGUCGGUGCAUGUACACCUUGACCAUGCAUGACGCCAGUGUGUGGUCGCUGUACUCCACCGAUCCGGAUUUGUCGGUCUUCUACUCGAGCGAUAAAAGUGGUCUGGUCGCGAAGACCGACACGCGCGAUGUCAUGGAACUCGACGAAGGCAUUUCUGUAGCCGUUGCACAGGAGCACGAGGGGGUGCACAAGCUCGUUGCCGCUGGCGGCUAUAUUUGGACGGCCACCAGUAGGCCAAGCAUCAACCGAUGGAAGGAUGUUAACACUGAGCACGCCGAGAUUGAUUGGCCGGAGAGCUACAAUCCCCAUAGGAGUAGUGCGGCCAUGACAACACCGAGAUACCCAAACGCGUCCAACGCGCGAGAAGCGCAGAACCAGCCACAGACGAACGGCGGAGCGAAACGGAAGUUGCCGCUUAAGCACAUGCUCAGACUGAGUAACACCGCGUACUUUCCGGCGCCGGCGGCAACUGACGGCGAGCAGAGGCAGAGCACGGUUGAUGGCAAGAAAGAGGCUAUAAGCCCUGAAACAGUCCCAAUGCAGCCUGUCCGGGCACAGGCAGACUAUGCCGUUGAGGGUCAGAAUGGCCUGAUCAAGCACGUAAUGCUUAAUGACCGCAAACGGGUCCUGACGCUGGAUACAGCGGGAGAGGUUAUGAUGUGGGAUCUGCUGAAAUGCGUACCCAUCCGAUCCUAUGGCAAACGACAUCUUGAAGACGUACAGAGAGAGGUUACUACGGCUACCACUGUCGCAAACUGGUGUACGGUGGACACACGGACGGGCAGCGUAGCGGUCAUUCUCGAGGAGAACACCUGCUUCGAUGCCGAGAUGUACGCAGACGAGCUCGACUUGGACGAAGAUUUCGAGUAUCGUGAAGACCAACGCAUCAAUCUUGGCAAGUGGGUUCUACGUUACCUCUUCUCGAAUCUGAUCACCGAAGAGAUUCGGCGAGAUCAAGCCUUCCGGAAGCAACUCCUUGCGACAAAGGAGUCGCAAAGACUGCAACGAGAGAAUGCGCCGACAAGUAUCCAACUACCGCCACAGCAGACGAACGGCUGGCACACAGCAACGGCAGACCUGUCGACCGACACUACACCAAGAGCGUCAGCGAAUGGAAUGGCAAGAACCGCCGCUACGCCCGGGUUUUCAAUAGGCCUUGCGUCUCCUGCAUUGUUCACCUCGCCAACAAAAACGGUGACAAGCGGGCAUAUACUCACUCCAACUGCGGAAGAAGGAGCACCGAUGACGCCACAGCAAACAGUCGCGCAGACGCGGCAGUCCACAGACAGGAACAGCGACUAUUUCUCCGCUUCGAGACAGUCGAGCUCAGAGAUUUCAUCUCCUGGUGGCGUACUGAAACCGCCGACAACACCCGGUGAAGCUGCGGAAGAGCCCACGACUCCGCUGGGUGAAGGUGCUUUUAAGGACACACCAUCGAAAAGCGGAUUGUUCGGAAAGAAGUUUGGCAUGGGCAUGGCAUUCAGCGGCAUGAAGAAGAUUGGUCGCACAACGACGAAUGAGGCUGCUAAGCCUGCAGUGGUUGAGGAGAAGGCAGAAACAGAGAGCGAUGCAACUUCCAGCAAAACCAGCAAUAGCCGCGUGGUCGAGGACAACCUCCUCGGUACCGUUCAGAAGAUCAGAUAUGCAUACGAAGACUCCUUGCAGGCGCAGAUCCAGAACCAGCAAGCGCAUGAAAACGGCCUGCCCGGACCCCAGCCCGGGCCGAUCGAUAUCCCAUCCGCAAUCACUCCGUCCUUACCUGCAGAUACGCCUGUGCUGGAACCGCCGCUCAAUACAACGAUUCUAAUCCAGGAGGACCGUCCGGAGGCUGGCGGUGUUGCUGACCUCUUCGAAGGCACUGUCGGCACCCUCGGCGAGCAAUGUGAUACGCUCGAGAAAGCUGCGCCCAUGUGGCUUGGCGAGUUUCUUCUGAAGAAUCAAGCUCCUGCAAAAGACGUCGUGAAGAUAAGCUUUGUAUUGGAACCAUGGCAGAACUCAUUGCCCAGCAUCGCAAGCGAUAUGAACAACCGAUUGAACGCGAACCGUAUGCUACGUGCGAAGAAGAUACUGGCGUAUGUGGCAGAACGGAUCGAGCCUGCACAGCCGGAGGACAAGGGCCAAGACCCAGAUGCGUUGAAGCCGGAAGAGUAUUUAGAAUUGUGGUGUCAGAAUCAGGUACGCUCCUCCUUUCCCGUAAUUGCCGUAUUCGGAUCUUUGCUGAUUUUCACGCAGAUGGUGCCUCCGUCCAUGACGCUUGCAACCAUGAGAUCUCAACUUUGGAGAGGAGGCGGAGAUGUCGUACUCUACUACAAGGCAAAUGGCAGGAAAGAAAUCUUGCACGCUCCACAGCAGCCGUCAGCAAUACCCCUGGCGCCGAAGCCAAUGCCAACAGCAACAGCAGGAGCAGCUGCGACAGGCUAGUGUGCUUUGUUGUUCGCUCAGAUCAGGUCCUAGCAGCUAUCUGGGUCGUGCCGUGGCAGCCCGACGCAAUUCGAAGCGACACAUGUCAAUCCGCCUUGGAGACAUGGCGGGAGCGGCCGAUACUGCGAUCAAUCACGGGGUCCGCUUUACGGACGCGCAGGUUUACCGCACGUGCUAACCUGUGCCAUCCACACGCAGUACUGCGUCCUGCGUCUCUCAGCACGCAACUACUUCCCGGCCUGCCCCUACGCGUAUGGAUGUUG